AUGACAAAACAACAAGCUACACGAAUCAUAAGCACAAUCAUUGUAUUUCUCUCACUAAUUUGUUCGUCAACAUUUGUAAAUACAUCACCAACUUUCGGAAUCAAAUUACAGACAAGUAAUAUAUUCAAUAAUAUUGAUGGUCAAUCGGAGGAAUGGAUUCAUAAUUUGAAAUAUCAAUCCAGUUUACAAGAUAACAAUGGUCCAUUCACUAGUGGUUCUUGGUAUUUAGGAGAUGCACAAGUUUAUGACGAAAGUUGUAAUUAUCUUCAAAUUCCAUUCACCAAGUUAGUUUCCACUGGUUCAGAAUUAACAUUGAGUAAUCCGGUCACUUCAACAACUUACACGCUUAAUACCUUUGUAAAAAGACCAUUCAGUGAUAAUCUAUUCUUUGGACUUGUUACAUAUUCAAGUGAAUCAUUUCCAAUUUGUUUAGAAUUCAAUACAAGUGAAGGAGCAAAACUAGCUUUCACAUUUGAUAUUUUAACAUGUUCAAAUGUUGAAUCAUUUACCCCUUCAUGCAAAUUGGACCCCGAAACAAACAAAAUUUCCCAAGUUACCUACGUUUACAAAUCUCCAGGAACAAUAAGCUCCCUCACUCUUCUUGGGAUUGUCCUGUUGAUUACUUGUACGUGUACUUGUUUGAUUUGUUGUGUUGUUUGUUGUGUUGUACUGUGCACCAGAUUCAAUUCGAGAAGAUCUCUAAUGUACACACGAGUCAAUUAG